AAAAAACAGAUAGGCCUAUCAUCCCGGCACAAAUGUCGUUAGCUGACCGACUGGCAGAAGUAAUUUUGGACAACCAAGAGGAUAAGGGAAAACGCAAGCCAAGACGAAUGCGAACUUGUUUCACACCAAGACAACUCCAAGUACUGGAACAAACGUUUGCGAGAACACAUUACCCAGAUGUACUCUUACGGGAGCAGCUGGCUAAUUUUACAAAUCUCCCAGAAUCAAGAAUACAGGUAUGGUUCAAAAAAAAAAAAAAAAAAAAUCGAAAACAUGAAAAGUCUGGAGUGAAGAUAUUUACCAAACCAAGCAUUCCUUCAUUCCUUAAACCAGAUAACUCGAGAAUUCAGUGGAUUGAAACUUCAUCACAGUCUCACUUUCCUAUAUUUCAAAGUCCAAGAGGUCCAAGUCUAUCAGUAUCGUCAAAAAAAAAAAAAAAUGUGGAGGUAGCUGAUCAACUGUAUGAGCACGCCCACAACCUUCCAAGCGUGUCUUCACUUCUUCCGCCGGUUCAAGAAAUCCUUCCCACAUGUAACAUGAUUCCAACACCUAUUCAUUCAGUGUCUUGCCCGCCUGAGUCGUGUCGCCAACCAUUUCCGACAUACACUCUCAGGCAUUUCACCGAUGUAUCCCCUUUCGGUCCAAUUAACAAUCGAAAGUGGACUGUAACUAAUACUUUUAAUUAG